AUGUCUGAGAACGGGGCUAAGAAGCCCAGCAUCCAGCACGGCGCCGACUGGUUUGUUCAUGAAGGGGAGCAGGGCGAGCUGGAAUCAACAACAAGCGCUUCACUAAGGCAUGUACUGGACACGGCAGCCGCUCUGGGUACGGAAUAUAGACAGCCGCUGGAAUACAAAGCUCGGGUGGAGAAAGCAGGAAACAACCAUUUCCCAUUCUCUUCUCAUGACAACAGGCACGAGAUAUGCAAUGCAGUCGAGUAUUUUGACUUGGGCAUGGGCGUGAGGAAGCUGGAUCCAGAGAGGCAGAAACAGAACUCCCAUAACUUCCUCGAGUGGGCCAGUGCGCCAGGCGAUGGCGGGAGCAAUGACCUGUUAACCGUUUACCAGACCUCGUUUGUGGCGGAUCAGGCCGCAGGGAACGAGGGCUGCUGUGCCCGGCGCUAUCCCAAACACCACACCCAGAAACAGUGCACCGCCCAAAAACCGUGCUGCUGCGGCAAACCUGCUCCUGGCGAAGACAAAGCCCUGCAGCUGUACAAGCCAUCCUAAUCAGCAAACACCUCGGACUGAGAACUCAAACAAUGCUGAAGGAAUAAACAUUUGUGUAAAGUGCACGUGGCAGUACGGUUGAGAGUUCAUUGUGAUCAAGAGUGUGAUUACGUUACUCUGAAAACAUAUGUUUCUAUAAAACCUUUAAAGAAGAGGAGCGCUAUAAGGAAAAACAAGAUUGUGCAUAUGUUAGACAUAACUCUGCUAGGAGAACAGAGAUAGGGAUUGUGCUCGUGUUACCUGAUUCUGGUUGACCCGCAUCUUGAUACAAAAGCUCCUUCAGCUUCUGAAUCAGUGGCAGGGCUGUCCCUCUGGCAGCCGACAGCACCUGUAUUGACACAGGAGCAUAAUGGAACUGGAUCCUCCAGGGAUUACUGCAGCAGGGAGCCAGACCCCUGUGUGUUCAGAUGUGAGGACAUGGCCUCCCUCAAAGCUGCUGAUGCUCAGCCGUGAUGGCCCUGGUAAGUUGAAUUCAAACUGAAGGAAAGAAGUGCUUGGAGGAGACCUGUGGGACUGCAAGGACAGGA